CGGGCGAAUGUCGUCACCGCCGCGCACGCGGGCGCAGAGCCCUGCUCUCAGCAGAAGGGAGUCUUCUUUUUUUCCGCUGUUUUUUUCUCCGCCCCUAAGAGGUUGACUCCAAACCCGGAGUUCCGCUAGGUCCAACAGGAGGGCUUACCGCGUGAGCGGCGUACCUGAGGAGAGGCUUAGGCAGCGGCAACUGCUGAUUGGCAGUAAAGGGGUUCACUCCCUAUCUCCUGCUUGGGCAAAGUCGGGACAGCCAAUCAGAGAGAGGACUGACGGAAACGACCCAAUCCUGGAGCAGGGCUGAGGGAGGGGGCGGGGACAAAUGGCUCAGGUGGACUCCCGGCUGGAGCUGUCCUGGGGGAGCUUGUUUGCGGCGGCUGCUGCUGCUGCUGCUGCCACGCCUGUACUGGGGGUCCGGUCGCCAGGCAAAAAGCCCUCCCAGGUUUGAGGGGAGUCAUGAGCCGUUUCCUGAAUGUGUUAAGAAGCUGGCUGGUUAUGGUGUCCAUCAUAGCCAUGGGAAACACGCUGCAGAGCUUCCGAGACCACACUUUUCUCUAUGAAAAGCUCUACACUGGCAAGCCAAACCUUGUGAAUGGCCUCCAAGCUCGGACCUUUGGGAUCUGGACGCUGCUCUCAUCAGUGAUUCGCUGCCUCUGUGCCAUUGACAUUCACAACAAGACGCUCUAUCACAUCACACUCUGGACCUUCCUCCUCGCCCUGGGGCACUUCCUCUCUGAGUUGUUUGUCUAUGGAACUGCAGCUCCCACAAUUGGCGUCCUGGCACCCCUGAUGGUAGCAAGUUUCUCCAUCCUGGGUAUGCUAGUUGGGCUCCGGUACCUAGAAGUAGAACCAGUAUCCAGACAGAAGAAGAGAAACUGAGGCCAGCAUUACCACCUUCAGGACUUCAUUGUCUUCUACCUUGGCUGUCUUCUUCCUUCAUCGUCUCUCCUCUUUAAUUUCUUUUCUGUCCCAUCAUCAGCCCCAUUCACUUUUAGCCUCUUUUUUUUUUUUUUUUACAUUUUUUAAAUUUAAAGAUCUAACAUGCAUACAGAAAAGCAUAUAACAUGUAUGUGCAACUUAAAGAACAAUUUUAAAGUGAAUACUAUGUAAUUCCAUCCAAGUCAAGAAGUUGCCAGCUCCUCGGAAGCCCACUGUGUCUCCUUCCCCAACUUAACAACCUCUUCCAGGCUCCCUUUUCCAGCCUUUCUCUUUUUCCCUUUUAUUUUCAUGCCUUGAUUUGACUUAUGUGGUGGGAACGUGUGCACUCUGAAACUUAAACCUGCUGCCCACCCAGAGCAGCUAUGACCAAGGGCUGCCUCAAGGGGUUGUCCACUCAGGUUGGGCUCCUCUCUGCUGCUGGACCCAAGACUCCGAACCUUCCAAGGGAUAGGCAGUUCUUCCAAGAAGGGCUCCCCUAUGUGUGAGCAAGACCAUGGCUCUCCUUAUAUCUACAGAUGCAUGAGGGUUGGAAGAGUCUGGGCUGUUUUUAGACCUUCUGGUCAGCUGUAUUUGUGUAACAACUUUUGUAAUAAAUAGAAAAACCUUCUGCUCUGA